GUAUACUGUUUCUAUUUCUUCAGAUCAAAUUAUGCCGAAAACCAAAGUAAAAAAAGAUGAAAGAACCAAGAUAGCUUUGGUGAAGAAGACAUAUUUUAAAUCGAAGUAUCCAAAGAAAAAAUCAGCUAAGGAAAUAAAACAGAAAGAAAGCAAAAAAAAUUCAUUAGGACCUCCUACUAAUGUUGCUGACUUUUCUAUAAACUGGAAAAAUUUUCUUAAGACGCAGAAUGAAGAGGGUAACAGAAAAACUAAAGAAGUUGUUUCUAAGGCUAAUAAAGUACAAAAAAAUAACAGUGCUGAUAAACAUGCCAAACAAAGAAAAAAGAGAAAUUUAAAUGUAGAGAAUAAGGAGCAGCUCAAUGGAAUAUUCAAUAGAGAAAAAGCUAUUUGGUUUGAUGACGUUGAUGAAAAUUUAUUGGAAAAAGAAUGUGGCUUUAAAAUGAAUACGAAAAACAUAGACAAGAAACAAGCUAAGAGUAGUUCUGUAAAGUCACAAAUAGAUGAUAAAGAGAGUGAGAGGGAGGAAUGUAAACAAAGUUUGGAAGAUGUGAACAUUACUCAUUAUGUUGCUCUAGAUUGUGAAAUGGUGGGAAUUGGACGGGAAGGAAAGGAAAAUGCACUAGCUAGAGUGUCAUUGGUUAACUCUCUCGGUGAAUGCAUUUACGAUAAGUUUGUUAAGCCUAUUGAAAAAGUUGUCGAUUAUCGAACUGAUGUGAGUGGAAUACGCCCAGAGAAUCUUAAAAACGCUCUUGAUUAUGAGACAGUUCAGAAAGAGGUGGCUGACAUUUUAAAAGGGCGGAUUUUAGUUGGUCACGCCCUGCAGAACGAUUUAAAAGUGUUACUGCUUAGUCACUCCAGACGACAAAUUCGAGACACUUCAAAGUAUAAACCGUUUCGUGCAUUGUUGAAAACUAAACGACCAGCAUUGAAGAAGCUUGCUGCCAAAGUUGUUGGCAAGCAGAUCCAAAGUGGCGAACAUAGUUCUGUUGUUGAUGCACGCGUUACUAUGGAAAUAUACCAAAAAUACAAAAAAGAAUGGGAGCAUUCACUGCGUAUGAAGGGUAGAAAUGAAACCGAUGAACAGAAAACAGUUUUUAUGGGCGAUCAAGAGGAAAAGAAAAAGCGUAAAAGUAAUAAAUGGACGAAAAUCAAACAAAGAAAAAAGAAGGAAAACUCAGAAUUAUAACUUUGGUGGAACGAAAAAAAAUGUGUAUUAAAUUUGGCCCAACCCUGUGUUUUGGGAACACAUUAAAAGUUCUAAUAUGA